AUGAGAAAUGGAACAACUGUGAUGGCGUUUUCACUCAUUUUGUGUUGCGAGGGCCAUGAUUUGCUGCAAAGCCUACAGUCCCAACGGGCAAGUAACAGGUUAUCCGAUCGCUUGUCAGAGACCAGGCGGUCACCCGCACAAGCGAUGGAGCGUUUGAUUUAAGGGGCCAAAGUCGGCACAAUAUCGAACUGGCCCCUUGCCGUUCUUCCGAUAUCCCAUUCUAGGCCGUCUUGACCUGGAGCAUGGCGUUCG